AUGCGCGCUGACGUCAGCGCCAGUGUGACAAGCAUGAGGCGCGCGCUCGGUGCGACGCUACCGGGUCAGAUCGGUGCAUUUGGAAGAAAUCCGCCGUCUCGUGCGUCGCGUGCGCAGAAUCUCUGCAGGAAACCGUCGAGCGAGCGAACCAACAUGGACCUGAGUGACAUGAGGAAGAAAUACAAGGGAGCCGAGGAGUGCUUCGAGGAGAGUCAGCUCGUCUCUCUGGACCCGAUCAAGCAGUUCGGCGACUGGUUCAAUCGGGCCACCGAGUGCCCCGGGGUCGGAGAGGCCAACGCCAUGUGCGUCGCCACGGCAACCAAAGACGGCCGUCCGUCGGCCCGCAUGGUCCUCCUGAAAGGGUUCAGCAGCGAGGGCUUCCGCUUCUUCUCCAACUACGAGAGCAGGAAGGGCUCCGAGCUGGAGGGCAAUCCGCACGCGUGUCUGGUCUUCUACUGGGAACCGCUCAACAGACAGAUACGCAUCGAAGGCACCGUGGAGCGAAUCCCCUUCCAGAGCUCCAGUGAUUACUUCCACUCCCGACCCAAGAGCAGCCAGAUCGGAGCCGUCGUGAGCCGGCAAAGCACCCCGGUUCCCAACAGAGACUAUCUACGGCAGAAAAAUGCAGAACUGGAAGAGAAGUACAAAGACACAGAUGUGCCCAUGCCUGAGUACUGGGGCGGCUACAUCGUCAAGCCUUCCCUGAUGGAGUUCUGGCAGGGUCAGACCAACCGGCUCCACGACCGCAUCGUCUUCACCCGUUCGAGUGACGGGCCGCCCAAGCCGGGGGAGUUCCUGCACCCUGGGGAGGGAGGCUGGGUGUACCAGCGCCUCUCCCCGUGAGGAGGCCGCCGCGUGCCGGAGGAGGAGCAAACAAACUUAAAACCAUCUCCACCUCCGCCGGGGAGGAAGCGCUCAUCCUUCACCGACGGAAACCCCGCGUUUUGAUUAAAUGGGUGCCGGGUCGUCUUUUUGUUCUCGGAUGCCGGUCAGCGUUAUUUUGGUGGUUACCGUGGCGACGGAGGUGUGCACACAACCUGCAGACGGCCCCCGUGCGAGAGAAAAAACUCCACCUGAAUGCGGUGUUGGUUAUUAACAUUUCGGCCUCGUGUCUCGUUUAAAAAAGCACAAUCUUGUCUUCACUUCUGACGUUGAUGCAACUUUUUGUCCAUUUUCUAUGUUGAAUUAGUUGAUUUCACAGGUUUUUCUAAAAAAGUUCCAAGACAGUUUACUAGAUCUAUAGUUUGUAAUUGCACGAGGAUUCAUCUUGUUUGUGUUCAUAAGCAGAUGUAUAUAUAUAAUAUAGUUGUUUUGUUGUUGUUUAAAUGAAUAGAUGACGAGAAAACAUAAAUAAUUAAAGUGUAACGUUUGAAAGCGUAUCAAACUACUGUCUCCAUUGUCCUCAAAAGUACUCCUCGGUUACGUACCAUGAACCUUCUUAUGAAUAUCAAUCAGUGUCUUUUCUAGGAAAUUAGAGGUUAACUAUGGGACCCAUAAAAUGCAGUGUUCCUAAAUAAAUAACUUUAAUUAAUUAUAGAUUGAAUGUAAAAGUCUUAAAUCAAGACCGUGGGUCUUACUGCCUCUUAACCAUCAGAUUAAAAGAGCUGAUGGUCUGAAUUGUGCCAAUAUUGUGUGUGUGUGUGUGUGUGUGUGUGUGUCUUGUUCUGUUUGAGAAGGAUAUUGUUUCAUGUUUUUGUUUUAUUUAAAAGUGGAAUAAAGUUUAAUUCGUAAGGAAUAA